AAUUAAAAAUACAGUAAACCCUCUCAAAUUGUCACGUCGUGGGAUUAGCAUCUUGGCUAUUUUCCUAUAAUAAUUAGGCAAAAUAGCCCUUUUACGAAUUUGAUUAAAUUUUAAAAUUUAAUUAUUAAUUCAAUUUAGGUGUUUUUGAUUUCUAAUUUGAUAAUUCCUGUAUUGAACAGUAUUAAAUAGUAAUUAAGAGUCCUCUCAAAAUUUUCCUAAUUAAAAAAACUGAAUUAAAAGCAAUUGUUUACUCGGUUACCAUGACUCUGGGACAAUUAGAGAGGGUGACAAUUUGAGAGGGUUUACUGUAUUUUAUUAUUUGAACGAUGAGGUUAAUGGCGCCCAAAGAGUAAUAUAACUCUUGUUCUACUCUUUGAUGGCGCCUUUAGUCUAGCGAGUUGAACUUUGGUAAGCAACUUUGAACUCUUAAACACAUGAUCUAUGUAAUGUUAGUGAUGAGCAAUCAAUUAUUUGUUAACUUAUGUGUUUGUUGAGCUAUUUAAAUUGAAAAAUAAAUUCUAAGUUUUUCUUCAUGUUGUGAUGUGUUUACCAUGAUAACAAAUUGUUUAUCUUGGCAAUUUAUAAACUUUACAGAUAUUACCAAGCCUUGAAUUAGUCAUACAUCAAUCUUCCAAUGACAAUUUUAAACAUGGACCUUGAUUCAGACAAAGCUCAAUGAGGAAAGACUACGGAGAAACGACCAGAAUUAUUUGUGGACUAGACAUCCAUGUAAUAACACAAAUUAAGUGUUGCAAAAUAGAGAUUUCGUUUGCCCCAGCUGAUCAUACUUGACUCUCAUCUUGGAAAUGUUUUGGAAAAGUAAACACUAAAGCAAUAAUUUAAACGACUGUUGGAAUCAAUUAGUUAAAUUGAUCAUAUAUUGUAAUUAAUUUCGGGACCUGAUGUUUACUGAACUUGCCUGUCAAUGGCAGAGAUACGUAAAUUAUUGUAUAAACUGUUCAUAGGAUUGAUACACUUAUAACAUCCAAGUUGCUCUUCACAAUUUAUGUUUAAACGUUUCAAUCUACAAGGUUGACCUGUUUAUUUUAUACUCCCGGUUAAAUCAAUUUAAGCAAUGAUUAGACCAUGGUUACACUGGUUUACCUUGAUUACUGGUUUAAUUGUUGGUAUGCUUUCCGCAAUCUCCUGGAAAAUUUACAAAUCAUCUGUUGUUGGAGGAAACUUUCAACAUUUUCAAACCUGGCCAGAAUCAAGUGAUAAACUAAAUUACCCGAGUAAACUGGACUAUUGGACAUUUGAUUUCAAUAACAGUAUUCCUGAUGAACAGACUCAAGCUCGUCUAAAUUCUCUUUCUUUGACCUGUUUGAUACAUUUAAGAAAGUUCAACUAUCUAUCCACAAUCAACUCAACAUGGGCCUCCAGAUGUAACGAAUCUUUCUAUUAUUUAACACCAAAAGAGUUGUUCAAUUCAUCAUUACCAGACAAUGACAAUAUUGCUCUAAUCAAAGGAUCGACACCGUUAUCGACAAUCCUAUCCUCGUGGCAACAAUUUUGCUUAACUGUUUCAUCUACCAAGUUUAAUACAGAUCAAUACACUUCCUCUGAUUGGUUUUUAAUUGCCCCUGAAAAUACCUUUUUCAUCAUAGAAAAUCUUCGUCGCUUUCUGAUCUCAUUUAAUUCAUCUAACUCGGUCUACCUCGGUCGUCCAAUCAACAAUCAUGCUGAAGUCAUCUACAACUCUUUUGAUUCUGGAAUAGUAUUGAGCCGUUCAGCUUUUCUUGCGUUAAUGGAAGCUAUAAAAUCCUCUUCAAACUGCAGUGGUAGUUACAUAAAAUCAAUCGGACAACUUGAUAGACGGGUGGACGUUGCCAUCUCUCAGAUUCUUCACCAUUCCAGUUGUAAACCAAUCGAUACUCGUGAUAAAUUUGGACGAGGCCGUUUCUUGGCACUUCCUAUGUCACGACACAUGAUUCCCGGUAGCAUUACGUUUGACCAUCCAUUUUGGCAGCAAAAUAUUUAUCCUUUCCCUAACGGACCAGAUUGCUGUAGUGAUGGUUUAGUCGCCAUUCCUGGCCUGACACCCAACUCCAUGAGAUUUUAUGAGUAUCUAAUUUACACAAUGAGAGUUGUUGGAAUCAAGAAUCUAAUCACCAGUUGACUAUUUAUUCUCUCUUUCAAACUGACAACACAGUUAAAAAUCUCGAAUCAUAAAAGCCACAAUCAAUUAAUUACCAAACCAGUAUGUUGACAGCUGUAGGAUAUCUAUGGUGAUUUAUGUCCAUUGACGUCUUAUCACAAACAUCAUGUGUUAUUUUGAGGAUUUGAUAAAUUUGCAAAUCAAAUCGGAUCUGAUUGCCAUCAAAAAUAUAAUUUGCAAUAUUAAUGUCGACUUUUCCAUAUUGAUUGGAGCUUUAAGCGAUUAACUGUCAUUAACAGUUAAAAACACACAAAAUCAGCAAUCAUGGCCAAUAGCAGUCAAUCAGCUGAAAGGAAAGGUUAGGGAAUAAUUUGUAUAGUUGUUUAUAUGUUCAAAAAUCAACAAAUGACCAUUAUGAAUGUGAAAAAUAAAAUAAGGGUUAACAGACCACAUUUAAA